CUCAUCUCCAUCGGUGUGAUACCUGUGAGAUCCACCAGGAGGGUUUCUUUCAUUAUCCGAACGUUCAGUCGCUUGCAGCUGUUGCUAUUUCCUUUUCUUUCUACCUUGGUUCCUUUGAAGCUACAAUCUAGAAGACUUGUUCCGAUCCUUUGUCUUUUCCAGAUUACUCUGGGUUGGCAGUCGGUAGCACCGCCCGCUUGACACACACCCUCUUCUCCGUAGUCCGACUAUUUGACCCUUAUCGCGAGCGAGACCACAUCCUUUUGUCAUGGCUGAAGAUGAUGCCGAGAACGCCUUUUUCCAGGCUCAGGCAAUGAAUGCGGACUCUGUGGACUAUAAGGCUGUGGAAGAGCAUACUGCAGAUAGUUCAGAUUCAGAUGAUUAUGACCCUUCAAAAACACUGCCAAAUCAGUAUUCUGUUUCCUCCGCGACAGAUUCCAAGCAAACUGAAAAUGUUCCUUCCGUUGCUCCUCCUUCCAAUUCCACCCCGCCACCAGACCAGACCUCUUCUUCUUCCCUUGCCCCUGAAACAGACCCUAGUCAGCAAGCUGGCAAUACCUACCCUUCCCAAACACCUUCCCGAGCUGAGUCUCAGGCAUCAACAUCUGGCCUUGCCACUGGGGCUUCUGUUCCGCCCAAGACCAGGACGAUUGGGGGGUUUGUGGUUGAGGAUGAGGACGAGGAUGAUGCGGGUGAUGCAGAUGAUUAUGAGCCGCCGGCUGUACUAGGUGUCGAGGACAUGAAUACUAUACCUUCGCAACCCAUUUCAGGAAAUGCAAAUGAAGCUACUUCUACCCCUGAUGUAUCUUUGGAUGAGCCUGCGCAGGAGUCUGCCAGCGUCAAGAAUGUCCCUAAUAGCUCUUUCCCUGCUGCUUCUAAAAAUGAUGCGUCUGUGGCUUCUGGCCAGGAGUUGUACAACGCGCGUACUCUACCGCCGGACAGCGCGCAGGAGAGCAAUGCAGCUACUCCCCAGCCGGAAUCUCCCUCCACGACCAAGGGUCGCCUGCCUCACGAUCGCAUCGGCAUCCUGGAGGACAGGAUCAAGGAGGACCCCCGAGGUGAUAUGUCUGCCUGGCUGGAGUUGAUUAACGAACACAGAAGCCGCAAUAGGAUCGACAAUGCACGCGACGUCUAUGAACGCUUCUUGAAAGUGUUUCCUUUCUCGGCCGAACAAUGGGUUGCAUAUGCGAAUAUGGAAGCGGAGCUCAAUGAGCUCUUCCGUUUAGAACAGAUCUUUAGCCGGACCCUUUUGACCAUUCCCGACGUCCGACUGUGGACCGUAUAUCUGGACUACGUUCGUCGGCGGAAUCCCCUGACUACAGAUACCACGGGCCAGGCAAGGAGAAUCAUCACUGCGGCUUAUGAUCUAGCCUUUCAACAUGUCGGCGUCGAUAAGGACGCGGGAGCCAUCUACGCCGAGUAUGUCCAAUUUAUUCGCUCGGGCCCCGGAAAUGCUGGAGGGUCUGGAUGGCAAGAUCAACAGAAGAUGGACCUGCUCCGCAAGGCCUACCAUAAGGCCAUCUGCGUCCCCAACCAGGAAACCAGCGCACUCUGGAACCAGUAUGAUCAAUUUGAAAAGUCACUGAAUAAGAUGACGGGCUUCAAAUUCGUACAGGAACAGUCGCCGGCCUUUGUAACCGCUCGUACCGCUUACCAUGAGCUGCAGCACAUCACGCAGGGACUCCUUCGCACAUCACUGCCCAGAAUGCCGCCUGUGCCCGGCUCUGAUGGCGACGUCGAGUAUGCGCAACAGGUGGAGAUCUGGAAGAAAUGGAUUAAAUGGGAGAAGGACGAUCCACUUGUGCUGAAGGAAGACGACCCCGCGACCUUCAAAGCCCGGGUGAUCUAUGUCUACAAACAAGCUCUCAUGGCUCUCAGAUUCUUGCCCGAAAUGUGGUUCGAAGCAGCCGAAUUCUGCUUCCAUCAUGAUUUAGAGAAUGAAGGAAAUGAGUUCCUGAAGCAUGGCAUAGACGCGAAUCCGGAGAGCUGCUUGCUUGCAUUCAAGCGUGCUGACCGGCUGGAAAUCACUACCGAGUCGGAACAGGAUCCCAUCGUGCGCGGUGCCAAAGUCAGAGAACCCUACGACAGACUACUUGAUUCGCUCUACGAGCUGAUUGCCAAGGCUCGCACCCGCGAAGAUCAAGAUGUUGCUCGCCUGGAAGAAACAUUCGCCAAGAUGCAACCCGAGAAGCCGCCGUCGAAAAACGAUGAUGACGACGACCUGCAGGAGGCAAAGGCGAGGGAGUCUGUCAAGAAAUCCCAGAUCGAAGCCGUUCGGAACGCACAUGCGAUCCAGAUAGGCAUCCUUUCCAAGACUGUUUCGUUCGCCUGGAUCGCCCUCAUGCGCGCGAUGCGCCGCAUCCAGGGCAAGGGCAAGCUCAACGAGAUGCCGGGAUCGAGAUCGAUCUUCCAAGAUGCCCGGAAGCGCGGUCGCAUCACGAGUGAUGUUUAUAUAGCGAGUGCUCUCAUAGAAUAUCAUUGUUAUAAGGAUCCUGCCGCUACCAAGAUCUUCGAACGAGGUGCCAAGCUUUUCCCGGAGGACGAGAACUUCGCUUUGGAGUACUUGAAGCACCUCAUCGACAUCAACGAUGUCAUCAAUGCUAGAGCGGUCUUUGAGAUGACCGUGAGGAAGUUGGCCUCCAACCCGGAGAAUGUGCACAAGACCAAGCCCAUCUUUGCCUUCCUUCAUGAGUAUGAGUCACGGUAUGGCGACCUCGUCCAAGUCAUCAACCUCGAAACCCGUAUGCGUGAAUUGUUUCCCGAAGACCCAACGUUGGAGCAAUUCGCCCAUCGGUUCUCGACCCCGGCUUUCGACCCCACAGCCGUGCAUCCUAUCAUUUCACCCUCCCAGACCAGACCCAAGGCGGCGUACGCGGCGGACCAGAUGAUGUCUCGCCAUGGCACUCCCAACUCUCGAUUCCCGGAUCCGUCUAUUACGAAUUCACCCAAGCGGCAGUUGGAGGAGUUCGACGACGAUAUGAGCCGCCCACGCAAGUUCGUUCGGGCAGAGUCUCCGCUAAAGACCACGCAAAGACGCCAGAUGGACCAGAAGCGCCCUAUGGCCACUCAAUCCCAGUUCAGAUCCCAGGGGUCACCUGCUCCCCUCCCCCGAGACAUUGUCAACCUCCUGAGUAUGAUUCCUCCGGCUUCUGCGUACAAUGCAGGCCGGUUUUCUCCGGAGAAAAUGGUCGAUCUCAUCCGCAGGAUCGAUAUGCCUAGUUCCAUCUCGCAAAUUCCUUUCCCUCGUGGGCUCGGGGCAGGGCAAGCACCGCAAUCCUUCCCUGGUGCCUAUCGGUCUUAAUCUUUGAGUCAUAUAAACACGUUGUGGUGUAAAAUUCUUUUUUUCCUGCGCGAAUGUGGCCACCAUGCACCCGCGCUGUAUCAUUCGUUCUCAUUUUUGGUUGCGACAGCGGCGCGGCUCUGGACUGUACAGUUGUUGGUCGUCUUUUGCAUUUGAUGAGUGGGCGUUUCAAGCUUGGCGAUUCCGUCGGUUGAUCUUCAUUUUUAUUGUCUAUUUUAAUCGCGUCGGGCGGCUUUGUACAGUGUGGCAUCGGCCUGGGAAAGGCGAGGCUUGGGUUGUUGCUGCGGGGAUCAUAUCAUUCAGUUCUCUGCCUUCUCGCUAUA